GUCAAACUGUCGUCUCAAACGGUCGAAAACAGACAGAUAAAACGAUUGACGGCUGCAAUGACUUUACUAGAGAAGACGGAAAUGAAUGGACGUGACGUCAUGACGGAUUCAUGCGUGUCACGUGACUUGAGUGACAAUGAGACAUUGGGGGAUGAGAGUGAGCAUAACACUCGAUCAUCAUCGACACUUCAUUCUCCAUCAACGUCUUAUAGUUUGGCUUCUGGUCAUCGAAGACAUGCCCACACACCAGAGGAAGGAAAUGAGUUGAGAACACGGUCAUCGACUGCAUCUCCACACACUGUGGCGGUCCCUCAUUGCCAUGUUGAUAUCAAUGAUUUGAGUCAGGGUGGACGCAAUUCUCUGAGUCAAUUGUCGUCUCUUUCUGGUGAAAAUCUGAGCGAGAGAGAGGGUUAUGAGAUGAGAAAGAGUGGAGCAAUUUGAGCACAUGUUGACUAGAUGAGUGACGAUGCAUGCGGGUCUUGCAGUCAAUCGGGUCAGCACAUGCACACACAAUAGAUCGUCACAUUGCAUAGAGGUAGAGAUGAUUACUUGUUUUUAAUUGACAGAUUUAUGUGAUUGUUUUAGCACUCAGCAAUAAAUAUUUUGUCUAAUUAAUAAAAAUUAGUUUGGA